AUGGAGAGCAAGGAGAACUCCGCGCACUCGGCGCCGCCUCUCAAUAGGCCACGCGGCAAGCGCAAGGCCCUGGCCGAGCUCCCCACGUCCACCGGACCGAACACAAACCACUGCUCGGCGCCGCGGCCGUCGAAGCCGAGGACGCGGUCGGCGGCGCGGAUGGAGGCCGAGGCGGAGGAGGCGAGGAAGCGGCGGGAGGCCGAAGACGCCGCGCGCGGGGCCGACUUGGGCCGACCGCUGGACCCGAGGCCGCCUGGCGCCGAAGCGGCGAAGGCGGCGGUCGCGCCGUACGUCGGGGACAUCGACCGGUACCUCCGGUCGCUGGAGGUUGAACCGUUGAGGAGGCCAAGCCCUGACUAUUUUCAGAAGGUCCAGAAAUACAUCUCCCCCAAAAUGAGGGCUGUCCUUGUCGACUGGUUGGUGGAGGUGGCUGAGGAAUUCAAGGUUCACGCAGAAACUCUUCACCUUGCGGUUUCCUAUGUCGACCGCUUCCUCACAAUGAAUGUCGUUACCCGGGACAAGCUGCAACUACUGGGUGUCACUGCAAUGCUCGUUGCUGCCAAGUAUGAAGAAAUUGAGUCUUCUAAGAUGAAGGUGAACAGAUACACUGAUAUCACGGAUGACACUUACACCAAGCAGCAAGUGGUGAAGAUGGAGGCCGACUUACUAAAAUCUCUUAGGUUUGAGAUGGGGGGUCCCACUGUAACAACAUUUCUACGGAAAUUCAUAGCUUCGUGUCGUGGAGGCAAUAGUAUAAACAGAGGAAAACUGGAGUCCAUGUGUAGCUACCUUGCGGAAUUGAGCUUGCUGGAUUAUGACUGCAUAAGCUACCUACCCUCAGUAGUUGCUGCUGCAUGCCUGUUUGUAGCCAGAUUCACAAUCCAACCAAAGACUCGUCCUUGGAACUUGACACUUGAACAAAACACGGGGUAUAAAGUCUUUGAUCUGCAGAAAUCCAUUAAUGUCAUACAUGAAUUGCAGUUGACAAUAAGGUGCCCAGAGCAGGAAGCCAUCAGAGAGAAGUACAAGGACCCCAAGUUUGGGCGUGUGUCGACAAUGGCUUCACCACGAGAAAUCCCUACAUCUUUCCUUGAAGAUUGCCAUAAGUGA